AUGGCCGCGACAAUCAAAGCUAUCAAUGCGAAGAUUCGCUCCAACAAAGUCCUCGACUACUUCUGUUCGACACAUUUCUGGGGCCCGGCCUCCAACUUCGGUAUCCCCGUAGCUGCCGUUCUGGACACACAGAAAGACCCUGAGAUUAUCUCCGGCACAUUCACAGCAGCUUUGACGGUCUACUCGGCGACGUUCAUGCGAUAUGCGUUGGCUGUGACACCCAAGAACUAUCUUCUAUUUGGCUGCCAUUUUGUCAACUUCAACGCUCAGUUAACUCAGAUGUACCGGUGGUACGACUACUGGUAUAUGGGUGGACAAGAUAAAUGGGCCAAGAUCCGCGCUGAAAAGGCCAAGCUCGAGGACCAGGCCUCAUCGUUAGCCGAGCAAGCAAAGGACAAAGUUGGCGGAGCCGUCAACGAGGUCAAGAAGACCGUUUCAUGA